AUGGACAAUGCCAGACUGUUCUUGGUGCCAGGAGCCAUUCCAUCACCAACAAGUUGCAGUCCAGGUAAAAUGAUGGGUAUGUCACCCAUGUCCAAGUCCAUGGAAGGUAUGAUGUCUGCUGGGAUGAUGAUGUCCAUGUCAAACCCCAUGAUGUCAAUGGGCGCAACGCCGAUGGGUGGCAUGCCAAUGGGCGGCAUGAAACCAAUGGAGGGUAUGCCUAUGGGAGGAAUGCCUGCCGGCGGGAAACUAAUUCGCAUGAAACCUACCAGCAUGAAACCUGGGGCUCGCGCUCCUGACGAUAUGGAAGCGAUGGCGGCUGCAGGCGAAGAACCUGCAGCUGGAGCUGGUGCACCAAAGGGAAGCAUGACCAACAACGUUAUGAUGAUGAUGGCUCCAAUAGGAAGCGGCGGCAUGGGUGGAAUGAUGCCAGCGGCAAUGUCUCCUAUGAUGAAAUAUAUGAUGAAAAAUAAGAUGAUGAUGGGUGGCAUGGGAAUGAAACCUAUGGGAGGUAUGAUGGGAGGUAUGCCAAUGGGAGGAAUGAUGGGUGGUAUGCCAAUGGGAGGAAUGGAACCUAUGGGAGGUAUGAUGGGCGGAAUGAAGCCUAUGGGAGGUAUGCCAAUGGGAGGAAUGAUGGGAGGUAUGCCAAUGGGUGGAAUGAAACCUAUGGAAGGUAUGAUGGGCGGAAUGAAGCCUAUGGGAGGUAUGCCUAUGGAAGGUAUGAUGGGCGGAAUGAAGCCUAUGGGAGGUAUGCCUAUGGAAGGUAUGAUGGGCGGAAUGAAGCCUAUGGGAGGUAUGCCUAUGGGAGGUAUGAUGGGUGGUAUGCCUAAAGGAGGUAUGCCGAUGGGUGGAAUCCUAUGGGAGGUAUGA